GUGAGUCUUGCGACAAAAGUGGGCUGGCUACAAACAAAUUCUGCGGAGAGAAAUUAUUCGAAGUGCCCCGCAGGAGAAUUUAUACCGCAACAUCGGUCUAUGUGGAAGGCUACAUACUCGAACAAUUCCAUGGAAACCCUUAUUUGAGCCAAAGGUUCCUGUCAAACUAUUGCAGCAUAUCCUGGAAAGGCUUUGGGCAGGUGUUGACUUACAAAAGAGUGCCCGGGCGUGCAGCUACAGAGAAUCCUCUCACUUGUACCCUCUCCCAAAAACAGUUGCUGAGACUCGAGACGAGACCGAGAUUACUCCCUCCAAGGACGAGGACCCGGACCGCCGUAAAGAUGAGCAAGAGGAAGCAGGAGACCGGCGAAGACGUCGUCAAAGAUGACGUAGACAUGGGCAAUGAUAGCGGAGACGACGAGGAUUUCGAUGUCCUCGAUGUCGACUUCGAGUGGUUCGACCCUCAGCCGGAAUAUGAUUUCCAUGGCAUCAAGACGUUGAUACAACAGCUGUUUGAUGUGGACGCUCAGCUGUUUGAUCUGUCUGCGCUAACUGACCUGAUCUUGUCGCAACCCACGUUGGGAUCGACCGUCAAAGUGGAUGGCAAUGAGACAGACGCAUACGCUUUUCUAUCCGUCUUGAAUCUCCAAGAACACAGGGACAAGCCGUUCAUGGGCAAGAUCGUGCAAUAUUUACUAUCCAAAGCAAAGUCAAAACCCGCGCUGGCUCCCCUUGCGGAGCUCCUUUCCCAGGCCACGAUUCCGCAGAUAGGCCUGAUCCUUACAGAGCGUCUGAUCAAUGUCCCGGCUGAAGUCGUCCCUCCAAUGUACACAAUGCUGAUAGAAGAGAUGGAAUGGGCCAUCCAAGAUGGCGAACCAUAUAACUUCACUCACUAUCUCAUCCUCUCCAAGACAUACACGGAAGUUGCUUCGAAGCUUGACGCCGAGAAUGACCCUCCCAAAAAGAAAAAGAAAGCAACCUCUGGCUCAUUCGAGACAAUGUACUUCCAUCCGGAGGACGAGGUUCUGCAUGGACAUGCCAUCUGCCAUAGCGGCUUUGAUUAUUCCGUCAAACAGGACGAGGGACACUCAGACUCGAAACGAGCGUUUCAAGAGCUGGGGAUCAAGCCGCAGGGCCAUGCCAUACUCAUUUCUGCGGAGAAGUUCAAAGACGCGGUCCAAAAUGUCGCCGAAUACCUCAAGCCUCAGUCCUGAACAGGAUUCCGGUUUUAUUCCCACUUGGUCCCUUUCAGCCUCUGCAUAAGAUACUCCACCUCGACAACCUUGGUCAAAGGAAUAACAACCUGAGCGUACAUCUUCACUACAGCCUCGACAUUGAUCUUUUCCUCUCCACCAGCACCGUUGGAUGUUACCGAGGGGUCUUUGCCAUAAGUCUUGGCUUUCAACCGCAGCCGCUCCAGGACCUGCAGCUCGACCUUUUCGUUAGUGAUGGCAGCGUCGAGACCCUCGCGAUCCUCGGCUUUAAUGAGCUUGACAAAUCGCUCCGUCUCCGCCUGGAAUUUGCUCUCGGCCACGAAUUUACCAAAAUGUAUUCGCCUGCUCAAGGCCUGCAAACAAGCGACAUCACAAGUUGCGGCACUACCGUAAUUCUCUUUGGCUUCACCGCGAUCUUCCCGCCCGAACUUUCGGCAAGCCUCCGGCAAAACUUCCUUGAUAUACUUCUCUUUGAUGGUGUCAUUAACAUUAACAUCGUUAUCGUGGAGGAUCUUGGGGUAUGCUAUGGCCUUGAGCACAGGUCGCUGUAGGACUUGGGGAAAGAAAGGAUAUUCGUCCGGAGCAUCGUAUCGGCGGACAAGGGAGUGUAAACGUUCAGUUUCGGAGAGGAGAUAGUCGCAGAGAGAUAUCUGCGCAGGUAAUGCCAAAUUACUGGAGGGUAUGGGGAGGGCGGCAGCGUCGUAAAUGGUCGCGUUGAGGGGAAACUGGACUCGUUCUAUCAGGUGGAAGGUGAUCGUAUCCUCCAGUCGGCUGAAACCUCAGUCAGUAUCUGAGCUUGUCUCUGGAGACUCGGCAUCAAGUCACAAACAUUAGCUGAAAUCGGAUAUUGGCCAAAUCCAAAGCCUUGGAGGCAUCCGAAAGGUCGAUCGCUGUAUCCAUCUCCAAAAGCGGCAUGUGUUAGGAUCGCGUGCUUGUUUAGCCCAGGUUCAGCGGAGUAUGCAC